UUGACAGAUCGAGCCAAGACGCGGACUGCAGCGGAUCGACCGACCGGGCGCUCUGGCGUGCUCUUUAUUCGCGUGCCCUUUUCCGUUCGCUGUGUUUGUGUUUGCCGUUAGGGUUUCGAUUUUCGUACGCUAGGAAAACCGUAGCCCUGGGUGUCAGAAAUUGAGGAUCUCCCGGGAUCGCUUUCGCUACAACAAACGGCAGUGUAGUGAACAAAUUGUUUUUGUCUGAAAUUGUUUCGUUGCAUGCCUGCAAGAUAGUGACGUGUGUGAAGGUGAAGCGUUACCACCAGGUUAUCGGUUUACCUGGCAGGCAAAGUGUUGUGCCCUUAUCAGCAAAGAAGCACGCACUGCUUUCGAUGAGGCAGUAUCGCAAUUUUCGGUACAGGCUGCAACGUUGUUGGCGCCCACUGCAUCUUAUCAACUAAGCCGGGUGUGAGACACCGCGGCAGGGCUGUACGACGGCGUGCCGCAGGCCAGUGUCCAGUGUUGUGUAGGCUGUACCCGCGCGUGCAGCAGUUACGCAAACGUGUGUCACCAUUUCACAAAAGAAAUCUUGUGCUGUGAAGUAAUCGCGUAUGUGCGUCUCGUUUGCUCACGUGAGACUUGUUCAACAAGACGUCACCAUCUUAAUGUGCUUCCGUCCGACUCAUUAAUCAUAAGCGCGCGCGGGUGUGUGUGGGCUCCACGUAUGGCGCUGUCGGUUGGCAGAGGAUUAAAUCAUCAGGUCGAGUGAAGUGUGUGCUGUAGCCUCAGCCCAACCAAAACAGGAAGAGAUAGCAGGCAGCAAGCCGAAAGUUUUGAAGUGUUCUCACGAAAAGUAAAAGCGCGCGCUCUGUGAUAUAUCUGAUCUUCAAUGGUACGCGGUUAGUGUUGUGAACGCACCAUGAGUGUCCGGGAUACUAGCGGAACGACGACAGUGUUCAGCAAUCGGAUGGCACUGCACCAGCAACAUCUUCCGCGUACGGGCGAGACUAAAAGAGUGUCAAGAAUAUCAUCACACCAUCACAAUCAUCCCUCCAUCAUCAUGGGUCAAAGCGCUGGUGAAAACGGUGUCAAGCGUUCGACGCCGCCGGACACGAACGUUGGACCGAACGUGGGUGACGGUGGUGGUGUAGUGAUGCGCAAUCGAGUGAUCGAUCUGGAUAAGAAUCGCAUCAAGUGCAACCGGAACCGGAUCUGGUCACGGCCCUCCAGUUUCUUGAGUUUCUUCAAACAAUCGCUCGGCUCCACGAACCAUGCAACCAGCGCAAGUUCAUCGAAUUACAGUGAAAAUAGUCAUAAAAGCUCAAGCAGCAAUGCAUCGGUUCCGACGGACGAAGUUUCGCAUGCCGCGUCUAAUGUGAUGUGUGGCGAGUCCGCGGUGGACAGUGGGGCACCGACCGUUGGUGGUGGACAGCGACUCGAUCUGAACAUGAUCCGCAAGCUGGAGGAGGAGAUUUACAAGCGUGGCCGCGAGCAGCGACCCGAUGUGGAAGCGCAAGAUUUCCACGAGUUUUAUUUCAACAGCCGGCGACAUUCGGGUGGCGAGCGGAAGACCUUUUCCAGCGACACGUCCGCCUUCAACGGGGACAAUCAUCGGGCGGUCCUGCUGGUGGAUCCGAACGCGCUCGAACCGAUACUAUUGAAGCGUCCGCUCAGCACGGACGAGGCGCGUCUGUUGGGCGAUGGGGUAGCGGCCGAUCCGGCCAAUGGUCGGCCCGCCGACCAAUCGGUGCUGUUGCAUCAUCCAGGAGCCGGAGGAGGUAACAAAUCGAUCAUCAUUGUCGAUAACUCGGAGUACUAUCCGGUGCUGAUGCGGUACGACAUUAACGCGGACCAGAUCGACCGCCAGCAGCAACAGCAGCAGCAGUAUCGUCGCAAUAAGACAGAAAUGCUUAAAAUAGACACCACAACACCGCCUCCUGUGGCGCAGCGCAAGAGCUCAUCGGCCGGCAGCAGCAGUGUUGCGCCAGUCAAGCGUCCGUCUGGGAUGGACAGUGCAACGUCACCGAACACCACCGCGGCCGGGGGUUUCCCGAUGAAAAGUGACGAAAAGUUGUCAUCGUUCGGUUCCUCCCUGUCGUCCGCCUUAAGUGGGGCGACGACAUCGUCGAGUGUGGAACUGCCGGCCAUCACACCACACGGCUUGCGGGAUUCUACCGAACCGAACGGCUCCGUUCCAAAACAUCGUCCACCGCUAAUGACACCCACCGUGGCGGGAUCGGCCGGUGCGGGCGGUAGCGGUGGACGGGGCAAGAAACAGCUGCACCAGCGGACGGCAAAUCUAUUCCAACGCUUUCUUCAGCACCGUCGCAGUCUUAACCUUUCGGUGCGCCGUAAACGGUUCCGACCUACGCACGAGUGUGCUCAUUUCAAGAACACGGAAGUCCCACUUGGCCGAGCGCACUGGGCGGAUGUCAUCCUCGGUAGUCCGGCAGGUAGCAGCAAUGCUAGGUCCUCCCGUAACAAGGUGAAAUUUGAGUAUCUCAAACGACUGGCCCGGUACGAUUGUGAAGCUGGCAUGACAAAUGUUGGCUAUGAGCAGCACGCUCCCAUUCGGCCAACCGGAUCUGUGCGACGGCGAACCGCGAGUGAACCUGAUUUAGUUUCACGACAGAACUGGAAAAGCGAUGGCUUUGUUCAGCAUCUUCAGCAUCACCAUCGGACGCUGUACUGGAGCACCGGAGAUCUGGGAAGCCUCGGGAGGAUGAUGGAGCUGGGCAAGAACUUUGAAAACAUUUUCGAUAGUACGAGCGACAAUCUUUCCGCCCGGCUGUCGGCGGCUGUGAUGUCCAGUUCAAGUUCCUCCUCGGUACCGCUGUCGGGAUCGGGUUCACUUUCUUCCUCGACCACGGCUUCCUCCAUGGGCAGUACCUCCAGUCAGCGGCUGCUGCAACGGCGUCUAGCAAGUGCUCUACUCAAGUCCUCACAGCACCAUCAACACCACCACAACAACAGCAAGCCACCACUAUCGUGUUCUUCGAUUGGAAAUUCUGGUUCCUCAAAUUCAUCCUCAUUCCUGGGGAUGUCGUCCGGACCGCCAUCAGGGAACGGUGGUAACUUCCUGCGCAAAAAAUCCUCCUCCUUCCGGGGCGUGCUCCGGCGCUCCAACACUCCGGACGUGGUGAAUACUUGGGUGUAUCGCAAAAGCUACGAUGGCUCUGGAAACGGUUUAGGAGAGCCCCCGUAUCACCGGGGGCACGGUAGUCCACACGCCUCGCCAUCGCGGUACUCCUACAACAACACUGCCAAAAGCCCACUGCAGCAUUGGCGUACGUCUAGCGCCGGUGCGUCCGACUUCAAACGCAACUCACGUCUCCGCAGUUCCGCGAACGCAGCCGUACCCGGUGCGACCGGGCAACAUCAUCAUCACAACAUGGUCGAUCUGAAUGUGCCCCGUGGCCACUCGCCACACUUCAGCCCAUCCCGACAGACGACGCAAACCGGAGACACGCAAACGCUGCACGUCUACCUACCGAACCAUGGCUUCCGGAUGAUUCGCUUCGACGAGGCAUCGGAUGUGCGGCAGAUUAUCAACCUGAUCGUAGGAUGGAUGUCGCCCGGCCAAAAGCCAAACCCGCAGAGCUACGCGCUACGGUUGCGCCACAUGCUUACCAAAGAGGUCCUAUGGAUGCCCCCGGACACGUCGAUGACGCAGGUGAUGGCGCACAUCUUCAACCCAUCGUGCAGCAAUGCCGAUUGUCCGAACGUGGACAAGAGUACGAUCGCCAAGCGCAUGCAGCAGAAGACGAGCGGUGCGGUGGGGCAUGCCAACAGCGUGUGGAAGGCGGAACUGCGCGUUCGCUACAUACCGAAAAACCUGAAGGAACUGUACGAGCGUGACCGCACCACCUGUCACUUCUACUUCGAUCAGGUCAAGCAGGACUACAUCCAGUCGAACGUGCCGAACAUUGAUCCGGAGAUUGCGGUCCAGCUGUGCUGCCUCGGCAUCCGGCACUACUACAAAGACACUAACCAUACCUCGAACGACCGGAAGCAGCAUCUCGACUACAUCGAGAAGGAGAUGGGCUUCGGCAACUUCAUACCGAAAUCUGUGAUAGAUACCAUUAAACAGAAGAAUCUGAAGAAGCAAAUCCAGGCUGGGUACAAGAAGGUGUACAGCUACAGCGAGAUGGAGUACAUGCUCAAGUUUUUCGAUCUCCUUCGCACGCAGUACACCUUCGACCAGGAGCAGUUCAAUGUGCAGCUGAGCAGCAGCUGGAACAUUCGUGUCGAUCUCAUCAUCGGACCGCACGUCGGUAUCUCGUACUCGGUCAACCCGCAGGCCCCUCCCACAAAGGUGACCGAUUUCGAGAGUAUCGAGCGCAUCACCACCAGCAUUCUGCCGACGUCCCUCACCAAGAGUGACCAUCAGGGCGGCGUGUCGGGCAGUGGUAAGGGUGCGAAGGGAAAGGAUCAACCAGAUCUGACGAGCUCUUGUGGCAGUAACUCCACUACCGGGGACGGUGACAGGGGCAAGAAGGAAGGCAAGAAAGGUUCGUCGUCGAGCUCUUCCGGCAGUAGUCAGUGCGCCUGCGGGGAGAUUAAAACUCAGCUACGAAUCCGUGUCAGCGGCAACAGUGAGGAUCUGGCGAUCACGUGCGAUGGCAUCAAGACUUCCGAAAGUAUAGCCGAUCUAGUCGAUGGUUACUGUAGAUUAUUUAACAAUAACGAUAACAGUCUGUGGGAUCGUACCGUUGUACCGAAGGUGGGGGCGGCAGGUUCGGCCACACCACCCACCAGCAACAGUGCGACCAACUCGCUCGAAAAGAGUCAGCUCAAGAAAAGUUUAACCGAGUCUCAGACAUCUUCGUGCGAUAGGCACGGUUCACGAUCGUCUAGUGCGGAUCGGCUGAACGGUGGCAGUGGCGAGCAGUCCGAUAUGAACUCUUCAAUGGCUGGCCAGCAGCAACAGCUACCAAAACCAACCCUGAACGAGGAUUACGCAGAGCUUGGAAUGUGUGACGAGGAAGGCGACUAUUCCACACCGGCCGCACGCGACUACGAGCUCGAUCGGACGCAGAUAACGCUGAACGAGAUUAUCGGCGUGGGUCAGUUUGGGGAUGUGCACAUCGGUACCUGCCGGUUGCCAAACAAGUCCACCUUAGUUAGCAAGUUGAACCAAUCGCUAACGUCCGAGCUUGACGAGUACUCCCAGAUGGUGAUGGACAACGGGAAUGCGGACGCGCAGAAGACCGGUAUCAUCCAGGUGGCGGUAAAGACGUGCAAACCGGACGCGGACACGACCACGUCCGAGAAGUUCCUGCAGGAAGCAUACAUUAUGAAGAAGUUCGAGCAUCCCCACAUCAUCAAGCUCAUCGGAAUAUCCAGCGGUCCACCGAUUUGGAUCGUCAUGGAGCUUGCCCGACACGGAGAACUUCGAGCGUAUUUAAAGAAGAAUGGUCCCAAGCUGAAACUUGGUACGCUUCUGCUCUACUCCUACCAACUAUCGACGGCACUCAGCUAUCUGGAAUCGAAGAAGUUCGUUCACCGUGAUAUUGCCGCCCGUAACGUUCUGGUCAGCUCGCCAACUUGUAUAAAGCUUGCCGAUUUUGGACUCUCAAGAUGGGUUGAAGAUCAAUCGUACUACACCUCCACCAAAGGUAUGCUUCCGAUCAAAUGGAUGGCACCGGAAUCGAUCAACUUCCGCCGUUUCACAACCGCUAGCGAUGUGUGGAUGUUCGGCGUCUGCACGUGGGAGAUACUCAUGCUUGGCAUUAAACCAUUCCAAGGUGUUAAGAAUUGUGAUGUUAUCGGCAAGUUGGAGAACGGCGAACGUCUUCCGCUGCCACCAAACUGUCCUCCGCGCCUGUACUCGCUGAUGUCACAGUGCUGGUCGCUGGAACCGCACAAGCGGCCCAACUUUAAAAGUGUCAAGGAAACGCUCUAUGAAAUUCUGAUGGAAGAACGUCAUAGUGACUGUGAAACGAUGCGCCGGGAGAAUCGGCGUGUGGCAGCGAUGUCCUGGGGUGCUGGAGAUGAUAUGGCACCACCCAAGCCAGCCCGAGGACCUACAAUGGGAGAGGUUCUUGUCAACUUUGCAGGCGACGGUCCCCUUGUGCCGGGCGCACCCCAAACCUACAUCGUUGCCCGCGAUCCGACCGUGCUGGCAGCGCUGAUGCGCGAAAACGAGCAGCGGGGCAUCAAUCCGUCGUCCUACACGACACCGGCCUCGCAGCAACAGCAGCACCAAACGCAACAACCGUACUACCCGCAGGGUAAUUCCAUCGUGACGUACCAGCAGUACCAUGCUCAGCAGCAGCAACAGCAGGCACUCGCUGCUGAAUACUAUCAACAUCAACAGCAACAUCAGCAGCAGCAGCAGCAACAACAAUACGUUAUGCAGCAAUCCCAACCGCAGCAACAAGUUCCCGGAAACUAUAUAGCGUACACUGCUGCCCCUGUUCAGACUAUCCCACCCAGUGGCGCACAGUAUCCCCAGCCAGCGUUCGUAAAAUCUCCCCAGCAAGAAGAUCAACCGGGCGGUGCAAAAUCGCGCAGUCUAGAACGAAACGUUGGACAAAACAUCGUGUCGGCGUACGCAGCCCGCAUCAACUCACUGGAACGAACGCGCCAAAUGAGCAUGGAGUAUGGGAACUCCGUCAAAGCGAUGCGCUCAAACUCGCUCACCCGGCAGUACAGCGGUGGAAACCAGUCGGAUCUCUAUCCGGGCGUUGGACACGGUGUCCGCUCGUCUAGCUUGGAACGAGGCGCACAGAUGGCCAACAACUCGGCGGGCGUUGGCAAUGGUGCAGGGUUUAUGAGCCGCAUGGGAAGUCUCGAGCGCAAUCAGCAAUCAUCCUCGCAAUCGAUUUUCCUCAAUUCCAUGAAGGGGGGUAGUCUGGAACGCAAUCAGUCCGCGGCGAUAGUGAACGAUAUGAUGAACAGCAAGAUCGCGUACAAAGGUGGAAGUUUGGAGCGCAAUCAGCACAUACUGCUAACCCGUUCGGGUUCGGCCGUCGGAAGUUUGGAGCGUAACAUGCCGUUCCAGAACUAUCGCAGCCCAGUAGCGGCCGCUCCGAAAGAGCAAGAACCGUUCCAGGAAGAGAUAUACGAUUUCGGUGGAGUGAAUGUAAAAUCUUGCGCUUCGAUCGCCCUGAAGAAGAGUGUGGAGAAGGGUAUGCUUCCGCCGAGCUCGUUGGCCGUCUCGCCUGGCAUUCCGCCGAAUGCCGGUGCGAACUUUGCUCUGCCGCCACCCUACAGCUCGGCUAGCAAGCAGCAACAGGCAGCAGCCAAUCAGCAGCAGCAACAGCUGCAAGGUACACCACAGCGCGCUAUCUGGGCUGGGUCCAACGCAGGAAAUGUUGGAAUUCACCAGCAAAUGUACAUGCAGCAAUCGCAACCUGGUGGCGGUCCCAUCAUAGGAAUAGCUUCGUCACAGCAGGUUCAAAUCCCAAUGAAGAUCGCCCAUAGCCAACCGAUUCAGGCACACCCAGUACAACCGGUGCAAGUGCAAUCGGUACAGCAGCUAGUUGCUCAACCGGUGCAACCACACCAACAGCAGCAGCAGCAGCAAAUGCUUGAUCACAACCAGCAACAGCAGCAACAGCAACCAGCGCAGUUGCAGGAAACGCAACAACAGCUCGAGGAGAAACUGCGCAAACAGCAGCAAGAAAGUGAAAUCGAUUCCAAAUGGUUGCAGCAGGAGGAGAACAAUCUCAAGAAGCGGUUGAGUUUGAUAACGGCCAAUGCCGCCAGCAUGUCACUCGACCAACAGACGGCGGGACCGAUGAUGGCCGAAGGCAGCACGCCACCGAUCAACGGCGGUGGCUCAUCGCUCUCCGGAAGCUACCAUUCGCAGCAAAGUCCACACUUUUCGCCCCAAAACACAAUGUCUGGACCGCAAAGCUUGGGCGACCAUUAUCCCACCACACCGAACACGAGUGAUUCGAGACCUCACACACCAGGAUCCGGUGGCGGUGGUGGUGGCAGCAGCAGUGGUGGCAUGAUCAAAUCCAAGAGCUCCUCGAUGGAACGUUGCACGACGCCCCAGUCGAGCGAUGAGAAGUUUGCGGUGAAAAAGGUGGAACCAACCAAAACGAUGCCACUCGACCGGACGAAUGAUAUGGUGUACAACGCCACGACCAGUGUGGUGAAAUCGAUCAUGGCCCUCAGCCAGGGUGUGGACCGUGCGCAGGCGGCCGAAUAUUUGAACCUGGUGCGAAAUGUUGGCUUUGAGUUGCGCGAUCUGCUGGGCGCGGUCGAUCAGCUGUCGGCCAGCUUCCCUCCACAGCGCUACAAGGAGGUGGAGAUGGCACACAAAGUAUUAUCCAAAGACAUGUAUGAACUAGUUACGGCCAUGCGGCUAGCACAGCAGUACAGCGAAACGACACUGGAUGCCGAAUAUCGGAAAAGCAUGCUGUCAGCAGCUCAUGUACUAGCUAUGGAUGCCAAAAACCUACUCGACGUCGUCGAUUCUAUUCGCGUGCGAUACCCGAACCUCUUCCCGCAGCAGCAGCAGCAGCAGCAGCAACCAAGCGCACCAUCAAGUCCAACGCAACGGCAACAGCACGUUGGUCCCGGCUCAGCCGUCCAUCCGUCCACCACAACGCCCCAGCUGAUGUUUGCCCAGCAGCAACAUUCGUUCGACCAGUCGCAACUGCUCGUGAUGGGCGAAUGUUAUCAAAAUCUACAACCAAAGCAACCGAUGCUGGCGCACAGUUCACCGCCGACGUCGCUCACACAUUCCUACGACCCGUCGACCGGUCAGCCGAUGGGCACCAGCCAAUCCGGCGUGAUGCAUCCGGGUACCGGGUAUCAACAGCAGAGCGGAAUCUACGAUAAUGAGUGCAUCAUCAGCAACCAGCAACAACAGUCCGCUGACGGUGGCAAGCUUAAGAAACCCGUCAUUGCCGCGAAACCACCGUCGGUUGUAGCGAUGGCUUCGGUAAAGCUAAAGCCGGUAGCGACGGUACCGAUCGACGUUCCCGGCACGGCCGAGGGUGGUGAGCUGUACUCGAACUCACCGAACGUAACGUCACAAACGAGCCCGAACGGAUCGGUCCAGCUAAACCCGGCAGCCGACAUUAAGCUGCCCGAUCCGGUACCGUGUACGAUCGUGCAGGAAAACUUACUUGCCGCCAACAAUCAGAAGGUGAUGGCCACGAACAAGCUCGGUGGUGGUUAAAUUCCCGCGAGCGGGUUUUCUCUCAACCACAUUUCUUAUACUCAUUUAGUUUCCCCCGCCGCCGACGCUUGUGCGUGUGUGAGUGGAAAUAGCAAAAUUGUACGAAAUGGGGGAAGGCAUGAAGACAAACAAGGCGUUUAGGCGUACCACUAAAACUAUUGUCCUAAAGUACUUGAAGAAUAAUGCAUGGCACUAGGAGGAGGCGGAUCUUUAAAUGGCUUAAGCAAGAAAACAGCAGCAUUAAGAAGCACUUCAAAGGUAAGCAGUAAAAAGUGCGUGUUUGUGUGUUGCAGCUAUAGUCCCGGCAACAAUGCAAUAGAGCGAGAGAGAGAGAUAGUGAGGGAGAGAGCGAUCAAGCCAUCUGCUCGUUCUUAGUCCGAUCAGUAUCAGACGUGUGCAAGUAUAUGCUAGCAGAUAAAGCAUAAUUUUAUUUUAUUAUAGCUCCGGAAAACGGGGUCGAUGACCAUGAUAAUAAGACAAAAUGAGGAAGGUUUUUAAUAAAGAAGAAUACAGAUGCGCAGAGACACAUGAUGGACACAUGUGAAUGGCAAAAACCAAAAACCGUUUAAAACACAUUCAGUUGGAGGGCUAGUUUCGCUGGAUAGGUUCUGCUUAGGUGUAACAAUUUACAGCAAACAUCAGUUUAAUAGUGGUGAAGUGUAAACAUUUGAGUGUUUAAAGUACAUUUCAUAUUUUUCAUUACUUUAAAUGCAUCUUCUAAGGGCAUCGUGUGCUGCUAUUUCUUUCUAUUUCUUACGCACAAAAUAGAAGAAGAACACCCCUUUGAUAAAAUGGACCAUAUUGCAAUGGAAUUGUUUCCAGUAACAGCAACUACCACCACCACCACGAAAAAAGACUUAUACAAACAAUCAGCAAUAACCCGACACAACCGUGCGCGUAGCAGUAGUGGUUAGCAGACUUUUUACCACAAUUGUUCCUACCACGCUUUGGCUUUGGUUUUUUGGAUUGAUACUUUUUUGCCAACCCUUUUUCCCAUUUUACUUGUAUGUGUGUAUGCGUGUGCGUGUGUGUGUGUGGAGCACAUUUAUUGUGUGUGUCCUAGCAAAGAUUUCGAAAGACUUUACACAGUGUGAGUAGUAGAGUGGAAAGGAAAGAAUAUCCGCGGUAGAAGCUGUUCAACUGUUUGGUUUGUGCUCAGUUUUUUGCUUUCUCCUUACUUGCUUUUAAACUAAUCCCAUCAAUGAUAACAUCCAUAAUGUUAGUUUUGGAUUUGUAGCCUAAACUUAUUAAUUCUAAGCCCCCUUGAGGGUCAUAUUUAUUAUCUCGCAACACUCAUACAACGCUGUAUCUGUAUAUUGAAUUACUCCGUUAACCGUGUUGUGUACUACCGUCGUGUGAGUGUAUUAUUUGGUUUUUGUGUCCCACUAACUCGUACUAAAACUACUCAGCUAUCUACUCAAAAACUUGUUAUAAUAAUAAAAAAAAACCCGAUCAAGCUUUUCCGCCAUCCCGAAAUGCAUGUACCAGCCGUGGAAGCAGAUUUAUAUACAUUCCACACCAAAUUAGUAAAUGAUGCUGCGCUUUAAUAAAAAAAAACACGCUUCUGGCGCAUAGGUAAUGCAUCGCGAACUAGCAGCUUUCUCGAACGGUCUCGAACAACCCAAGCUUCAAUCUCUUCAAAUAAAAGACGGCAAACAGCUGACUGUAAAUAGGAAGCGUUGAAAGGGAGAAUUUGGGAAAGCAUAGAAGAGAGAUUAAAACAGAAAAUGGUGUGCGCUACUCAGAUAACAAAAAAAGGAAAUGGUGUGUUUUGUUGUCUAGACAUAACAUAACAAAAUGUCUCCACCAAUGCAUAUUUAGUUUCCUUCUUUUCUGCGGUACACCAUCUAGAACGGAAUCAAAACAUCAUCAAUAGUUAAAAUUCCCGCUACUAAACAAACCAUUAGAAGAGGAAGUAGUUGUACAUCACUAAUAAUCAAAAUACUAAAAAUGGGCUCACCCUUGUUGCAUGGAAAUACUAACGGCAGGCCGAGGUUUUGUGCGGACAGUACCACACAACAAAGCGCCAUUUCUUCAUCCCUCUCUAACAUCUCGUUUUUCUUUUCUGUAGACCGCAGAAUUGGUUGAACUUUAUCCAGGAAAAUAAAACCAACGCAUAAGACAUUGAUUUA